CGUCAUCUCCGGCGCGCGCCGGCCGGGACCCGGAAGCAAGGGAUGGCUGAGGUGUCGCUUUGCUCCCGGCCGGUAUGUGGCCUGACGAAGCAGGAAAGAAACGAUUCAUACAUAAUAUGGUUUCCUUUGGAACUCUUUAGGAAUGCAGUGUAUGUUAAACAGUUCCUAUAUUCCACCAAGAAGUCACUACAUUUCAGUGUGCCUGUUUGUACCAAUGAUUCUGGGGAUGAUGCUUGUGCCUUAUGAAUCUGUGACAUGCGGCUGAUAUUAGAAGACUAACUCAUUCCACGUCCUGUUUGUCCUGAUGAAACUGUCCCAAAAUGGGUAGGAUCAGCAUCUCCUGUCUGUUUCCUGCUUCCUGGCACUUCAGCAUUUCUCCAGUAGGCUGUCCUCGGAUGUUGAACACCACAUUGCGACAGAUUAUUGUCAUCGGUCUGCUUGUUGCUGCAUUUUUCUUACUGUACUACUCAGUUGUUAUAAUCAGGAAUAAAUACGGCUACAGGGACAGAAAGCUGUACAGGUACCUUGCUCGAGUAACUGAUACAGAAGCCACGGAUACCAACAACCCCAACCUGAACUAUGGCAUCAUGGUGGACUGUGGCAGCAGUGGAUCAAGGAUCUUUGUGUACUGUUGGCCAAGACACAAUGGCAAUCCUCAUGAUUUGUUGGAUAUAAAACAAAUGAGGGACAAAACCAGAAAACCAGUGGUUAUGAAAAUUAAACCAGGCAUUUCAGAAUUUGCUGCAUCUCCUGAAAAAGUUAGCGAUUAUAUUUUCCCUCUUCUGAGCUUUGCCGCAGAACAUGUACCCCGUGCAAAACACAAAGAAACACCUCUCUACAUUCUCUGCACAGCGGGAAUGAGGAUCCUGCCGGAGAGCCAGCAAAAGGCAAUAUUGGAAGACCUGCUUACUGAUAUCCCAGUGCAUUUUGAUUUUCUGUUUUCGGAUUCUCAUGCUGAGGUUAUUUCAGGAAAACAGGAAGGUGUAUAUGCUUGGAUUGGCAUCAACUUUGUCCUUGGAAGAUUUGAGCAUACUGAUGAUGAGGAUGAUGCUGUAGUGGAGGUGCAUAUUCCUGGCAGUGAAAACAAGGAAGCCAUUGUCCGAAAGAGGACUGUGGGUAUACUUGACAUGGGUGGUGUGUCAACUCAAAUAGCCUAUGAAGUCCCUAAAACUGUAAGCUUUGCCUCUUCACAGCAGGAGGAGGUGGCCAAGAACCUACUUGCAGAGUUUAAUUUGGGAUGUGACGCUCAUCAAACAGAACACGUGUACAGAGUCUAUGUUGCAACUUUCCUCGGCUUUGGGGGGAAUGCUGCACGGCAGAGAUAUGCAGACAGCAUAUUUGCCAACACGAUAUUUAGAAACAGGCUUCUAGGCAAACAGACUGGUUUGACGCCUGAUACCCCGUAUUUAGACCCUUGUCUGCCUUUAGACGUUGAGGAUGAAAUCCAACAGAAUGGGCAGAAGAUGUAUCUUCGUGGGACGGGAGAUUUCAACCUAUGUUGUGAAGUUAUUCAGGUUCUUUUGAAUAAGACAAAUGAAACUCAGACAUCUUUGAAUGGUGUUUACCAGCCUCCAGUGCACUUUGAGAACAGCGAGUUUUACGGAUUCUCAGAGUUCUACUACUGUACUGAAGAUGUGUUACGAAUGGGGGGAGAGUACAGUGCUGCUAAGUUUCUGAAAGCUGCGAAGGACUAUUGUGCCACAAAGUGGUCUGUGCUACGGGAACGUUUUGACCGUCACCUGUAUGCAUCACAUGCUGACCUUCAUCGAUUAAAGUAUCAGUGCUUUAAGUCAGCCUGGAUGUAUGAAGUGUUCCAUAAUGGCUUCUCUUUUCCCGUAAACUAUGGCAACUUAAAAACUGCGCUGCAGGUUUAUGAUAAAGAGGUGCAAUGGACUUUGGGAGCCAUCCUCUACCGAACACGAUUUUUGCCUUUGAGGGACAUCCAACAGGAGAACUUCCGUGGCAAUCACUCCCACUGGCGCAGCUUCUCUUUUGUUUACAAUCACUACCUGUUCUUUGCCUGCUUCUUCGUUGUGCUGCUGGCCAUCCUGCUCUAUUUGCUGCGGCUGCGACGGAUUCACCGGCGAAUGCUGCACAGCAGCCAGUCCCCUUCCCUCUGGAUUGAGGAAGCCCUCCCACCACAGAAGAUCCCAGGAGCCUUAUAAGUUGUUGGUUGCUCCUUCUAAGACUUGCUCAAGAAAAAGCCAUUGUUUUGCCUCAGGGUUCUUCUCUUGUCCCUAGAAACCACUAUGCCACAACAUGGGAAUCUAGGGGAGUAUCAAAUGGAAGACUGAGGAGCAGCUUAACUAGAUGAUCAGCCAAAAUUAUUUUAAAACUUUUAUCAUAUAAUGCACUUUGAUUUUUUUUUGGGGGGGGGGGAGCAGAAAAGGUGAGACAGUGGAGACUUGAUGCCAGUAAAUGAAUAAAUGGGAAAGUAGCAAUCUGACUUGUGCCCAGUAACUGUGAUUGUUCUGUCCAUAUGUGAUAAACCAGCUCUUUAAAGUUCUUACAUGAACUGAUCAUGUGGCCCCCAGGAGUUUCCCAUCUGGCCCUGUAUUCUACCCCUUAUCAUACAGUUGAGGUGUUCUGAUUCACAAGCAAAGGGCUUUUUCUUUCCUACUGUGAACAUCAACAGAGGCCUUGGCAGAGUUCUCCCUUGGUGGCUCUCAACUUCUCAUUCCCAUGUCUUGCACAGGAGACUAAAGCAUGAAAGGGAAUCUGAAUGCUGCCCAGGGGUGUGGUGGGGAGUGGAGCCCUUUUCUCUGUGCAAAUGCUUGAUGUGCAUAAUAAGGUGCCGUAUUCUCUGUUGCUGUUUAUGUCAGGGAAUAGAUGGUUAAAGAGUCCUUUACUUGCCUGGGCUUGUGUAGGGGUGUGUGGCUGGUCCUUCAGCCCUUACUCCAUUUAAAAUGGAAUUCCUCAUUUAGAAAAAUUGUUGACCAGGGCAAUGGACAAUAGAGAUUCUGAGCCUCAAUCAAAAAAAGGAACACACAGGGUUCUUCUGAAAAACUAGCAAUGCAACUUGUUAAGAUGUGAUGCCUACAAUGUUCUUGCAAUACUGUGAUAGAGAAGUCUGGUUGGCUGUUGUAAUCUGUGUUGUUGCAAAAUGCACUGUCCACACUGCAGAGCUUGCUUUGCCAGGAGUCCUCUUUGUGUCUGGCUAGCAGUGUCCUGCUGUGGCAGAUGUAGUGUGUGGCAUUUAAGCUUUUCGACCUGAUGGUGAUUCUCAGUGGUUCUGUAGCAAUGAAGAAUUGGACAGGGCUGAAACAGAGUCUGUUGUAACAGCAGCGGAAUAGGAAUGUGGCUGUCACUUCCUCAUUUCUGGCUAUAAAACGUUACUUGAAAACCUGUUCAUAAUUAAAAGUGGCAUUUAUGUGAAAAA